AUGCCAAGGAAACAGACGCCGGCAUCUUCGGCGCUGCUCGCCUCCCUCUUCGCCCUGCCACAGCUCGCCUCGGCCUUCUACCUGCCCGGCGUCGCGCCAACCACCUACAAACCCGGCGAUAUCGUCCCUCUCAAUGUCAACACGAUAAAACCCAUAGCAUCUCCCUCAGAUACCCUGCUACACUCCGUGGUCUCAUACGACUACUACCACCCGUUGUUUGGGUUCUGUCAGCCUCCCGGCGGCCCGCAGAAUGUUGGCGAGAGCCUGGGUAGCAUCUUGUUCGGCGACAGGAUCAAGACCUCGCCCUUCGAGCUCAAGAUGGCCCAGAACGAGACCUGCAAGCAGCUGUGCGCGGUCGACUAUGACGAGGCUCAAGCCGACUUCAUCAACAAUCAGAUAGAGAAUGGCUAUAGCCUGAAUUGGCUGGUCGAUGGGCUCCCUGCUGGCCAGCAAAUCAUUGACGAGCUGACAGACACCGAGUUCUACAGUCCCGGCUUCCUCAUCGGGCAGGACGACGAGAACAACAACAUCAUUUUCAACAACCACUACGACAUCAUUGUCGAGUACCACGAGGUCAGCAAGAACUCGGAGCAGCUCCGGGUUGUCGGGGUUCUGGUCCAGCCCGAGUCUGUCAAGUACGACGGCAAGGUUGACUGCAGUGUGAAGCACCCGACGCUCAGCCUCAGCAGCAAGGAAAAGACGAACGUGCAGUUCACUUACAGUGUCUACUGGGUCCCUUCCAAGACGGCGUGGGCGACGAGAUGGGAUAAGUACCUGCAUGUCUUCGACCCCAAGAUCCACUGGUUCUCCCUGAUCAACUCGGCCAUCAUUGUUGUCUUCCUCGUCCUGACCGUCAUGUCCGUCCUGGUCCGCACACUCAAGAAGGAUAUUGCGCGAUACAACCGCCUCGACCAGAUCAACCUGGAUGACCUCUCCGGCACAUCCGCGCUUGAGGAUGGUGUGCAGGAGGAUUCGGGCUGGAAACUCGUCCACGGCGAUGUCUUCCGCACGCCCUCGCAUCCGCUCCUGCUGUCUAUUUUCCUCGGCAACGGUGCACAGAUCUUCGUCAUGACCGGAUUCACCAUCGCAUUUGCGCUCCUAGGCUUCCUCUCUCCGUCCAACCGCGGGUCGCUCGGUACUAUCAUGGUGCUUCUGUACACUGUCCUGGGCUUUGUUGGUGGAUACGCAUCGGCUCGCGUGUACAAGAGCUUCAACGGCGAGAAGUGGAAGUUGAACAUUGCCCUCACGCCGCUUCUGGUUCCUGGCAUUGUCUUCUCUACCUUCUUCUUCCUCAACCUCUUCCUCUGGGCCAAGCAGUCCAGCGGAGCUGUUCCCCUCACCACCAUGAUUGUUAUUGUCGGCAUUUGGUUUGUCUUCUCGGUGCCUCUUUCUGUCGCCGGCUCCUAUUUCGGAUUCCGCGCCCCUGCCAUCGAGGCGCCCGUCCACACCAACCAGAUCCCUCGCCAGAUCCCGCCCACCACCGCCUAUCUGCGUCCUAUCCCGAGCAUGCUCCUUGUGGGCAUCCUUCCCUUCGGCGCCAUCUUUGUCGAGCUCUACUUCAUCAUGAGCUCCAUCUGGUUCAGCAAGAUCUACUACAUGUUCGGCUUCCUCUUCCUCUGUUACGGCCUCAUGAUCAUCACCUGCGCCGCCGUGACGGUGCUCAUGGUGUACUUCCUGCUCUGCGCCGAGAACUACCACUGGCAGUGGCGGGCCUUCCUCGCCGCGGGCACGAGCGCCGCGUACAUCUUUGCCAACGCCAUGAUCUACUGGGUCAGCAAGCUGAGCCUUGGCGGCCUGUCCGGCAGUGUGCUGUACAUUGGCUACAGCGCGCUGAUCAGCUUCCUGUUCUUUAUCCUAACUGGCUCCAUUGGUUUCUUCGCCAGUUGGUGGUUCACUAGGAAGAUCUACUCAUCGAUCAAGAUUGACUAA